CGGCCAUCUUGUGCACUGGACCGACCGGCUACAUACGACGGCCAGCAAAUACAACAUUUUAUCGCUUCAUUUUCGUACUGUUGUGUCCGUGAUUCUGUAAGUUGUUAUGCCAUUUUCGUUAUGUGAGAGAUCAUGCUCAUAUCCACAGAACUUCGAAGUGCCAGUUGAUUUGUUAUUAGGGCAGAACCGUCGUGAAAGAACCAGAACGUUGGGUCGAGUUACGCUUGGAUGGCAGGGACGGUUGCCAAGCGGCCUGUACACAAUUUCAGUCAUGACCUCCAAUCGGUGAAAAAUAGGGAAGGGGAUCGAGAAUACAGCGAGCAUACUGAAAGGGCAUCCUCGCAAAGAAUGGAUGAAGAUGACAUUCUGGCACAGCUAGAAGAUGACAGGUUUGCUGAACAGAGGGCCUACAUUCUUGAUGAUCUCACCCAGAAAGUUCGGAGAGAUGGUGGCCGACUGCCUUUUGACAACAGACAUGCUCUUUUCAGGGGCUUGACACUUGUGUUACUGGAUCAGAAUUGGGAAGUAAGAUUAAAAUGCAUCCAGUUCAUUUGCGAACUCAUCCCCCAGUUUGGACCAGAGCUGGACUCCUGCAUGGCUAUUGUCCUUCCAAAGAUCGUGGAAAAUUUAGGAGAUGCGAAAGUGGCCAUACGAAAAGCCGUCAUUCAGACGUUGCAUAUUCAUAUGAAGCACACGACCAACGUACAACAAAUCUUCUCCAUCUUAGUGAAUCACGGUCUGCAGAGCAGAGACCCAAAGGUGCGCAUGGAAGCAACGAUUCAACUGCCGGUACUGCUUACUCGUGAGUUUGCAACAGCAGAUUUGUCUACGGUUACACAUGCCCUUGCAAAGAGAUUUUGCAACAACGAUAACGACGAAACCCUCACCGAUACGGCUGGUAUUUCUUUAGAAAGAAUAAGGACCUUAGUUGGUAAACAACAGUUUAAUGUAUAUAUACAACAGCUACCCUCAAGAGAUAGAAAUGCAUAUAACAAACGUGUCACCAGUGCAGAUAGGGGAGGCUCAGAAAUCAGCCAACCGUCACGUGAAGAUUCAAACUCUGGCUAUAGCAGGGAUCAGAAAAUUGGGUCUACCCCUAAUUCAAGAUGGCAGGGGGACAAUGAAAAUGGGGAGAGACUUGAGUUUGGUGUCAUCCCAAAACAUGUUAUGGACCAAUUACUGGACCAAACACAGUGGAAAACUAGGGCCAAUGGGGUACAGGAAUUGAAGUCAAUUAUCUUGUCGGUGGAGGAUCCGACUCGUAUUGUACCACACAUGCUUGCAUUUAUUAGCUUUCUUUGCAAUCUUUUAGACGAUGUCAACUUCAAGGUAACUCUACUCACUCUUGAAAUCUAUGGUGUGCUAGUCUCAAAGUUGAACACAGGGGUGAAGCAGUUUCUGAAACCCCUGAUUUCUGCUCUUACAAAACGUUUCGGGGACAAUAAAGUGGUCAUCAGACAGGCCAACAUGAAAGUUCUGAUGCAACUGAUGCAUGUCCUGACCCCACAAGCAGUGGUCAGCACGAUUGGUGACAGUCUGAAACACCGCAAAUCAGGUGUGCGUGAAGAGGCACUGAAUAUUAUUAUCGCCUCGCUGCUGACGUUCCCAAGCUAUGACUUUGACCUUGCACAGUUAUGCCAGAUGCUGGCUCCCACACUUAAAGACGUCAAACGAAGGGUAAGGCAGGCUUCCCUUGAGUCAUUUGCAGUUCUUGCACAGGCCAUGGGACCGAGUAGAAUAAGUCCCCUCAUCCAUGCUGUCGAUCAGGUGGAACUCAACAUGGAAGAGGAUGGCGUCAUGAAGGCUGUACAGGCAAGACUCGCCCGCCGACGCCUACCAAGACUAAAUGACGAUGGCUUAGUGGAAUAUGCAACCCCGAUUCCUACAUCGGCAACGAGCAGAAACAAUCCGACAGUAUCAAAAGAAAAUGAUGUUCAAUGGAUAAUGAAAGGCACCGGAAGCAUAACUACCGGUAGUGCCCGAGAGCGUAGUCACGCAGAUCCACGGAGUCUAGAACUAUCACAGCCAUCACCAACACGUGCCAUUCCUGCGCAAACAUCAAAUCAAGAAUCUUCUCCUCCGAAACGAUACUACAGUGCGGGGAAGGGAAGAUCUAAACUCCCUUGGGAGGAUGAGCUAGACUCCAGUCUAGAACAUGAGGACAAUAUUCCAGUUACUAACAGUGUGAGCCGAACGCACAUCAUCAGCAGUGCGCCGACACAGAAGAAACGAGAUGAAGAGAGACCACCUCCCAUUAGAGCUCGUAAUACCUGGGAAGGAGGGGAGGAUACUGUCGAUGUGCCACAUCAAGACAGACGGCGGAAUCUUAACCUACAGUUAGCACCCAGAGAUCCAUCGCCUGACACAGGUUAUGGACCAACUAGUUAUCGGCAAAUUCAUCUGGAUAAACUGAAACGGCAGUCGCUGGCGACGUAUCCUGGCUCACGAGGGAGCCCUAUUGAUGACCAGCAGCAGGGCAGCUUUAGCGCUCCAGCCACAGACAGAGACUGGAGUCCCUGGCGCAUCAAGGAAGAAAUGAACAGGGCGGAGGAAGAUCACAAUCUGUUCGGAGGUCACGACCCAUUUGCCGGCAACACAGCCACAAUCCUCAAGAAGCGUAACAGUAACAGUUUAAUAAGACAGGAGUCCGAGGACCCCGAAGUUCGACAGCCACACGCAGACCAUAAAUACGUGAGUUCCUUUGGGUCUGCUAACGUCAAGGAGAACGGCAGUAUCGGAGGGAGAGGUUUCAGGAAGAAUCUAUCGAGCUCAUGGCCAGAGGCGCAUUUUUCACCUGAUGACGGGUCAAAGGGCAAGAAGAAGGUUGAACCUCUACCAGAUGCAGCAGUUCGGCGUGACUGGUCCCCAGAGUACGAGCCAAAGAAAUCUAAGGGUGUGGUCCCAGCCUCACCCAUCCCUCUUAAACCCACCCUGGCAAGGUCAGCGGGUCGAAGGGGACAAGGGAGGCCCAUCCUAGACCCACUGGAACGGAACCAAGGAUUCAAAGGGGUGGAUGACAUCAUUGAUUCAGACCUCUCGUAUACUGAUGAUUUUGAAAUGUCUGAUGAUGAAGACAUCGGACCUGAUAUGAGCUCCUUGGAGAAAGUGCGCAGCAGCGCUGCCAAGAAGCGGGCCGAGAAGAGAGCGGAGAAACACAUCACGAGGGACUUGGAUAGACACUCUCAAUCCAACAACAAUCUCUCUUCAUCCUCGGUGGUCUCCCCUAAGGUGGAUGAGAGCGGCUUCUUUAGUAUGUUCUCAACGAUGAACAGUGGGGUUGAGGACUCAUUGGAGAGACAACCUCUAUCAAAGAAGAAAGGAAAGAAGCCCAACUCUGAGCUCCCGUUCAGCAGCAAGCCCAGGAUGGCCAGGGCAUCCUCUGGUAAAGGUAGCCGUAAGAACUCCAUGGAGUACCCAGAGGAGAGGGCGGACCCUAAUGCCUACGAGUACAGCCCAUCAUCUGGGGUGACAUUCAGGGAUAAGCCAACGUCGGAUGUCAGUAUCGUCGGUCAGGGGUAUAGUAAUGGGCAGGGUCAUAAUGUCAGAUCACAGUCACCGCCGAUCCCAACUCAUGCAAAGGUGCAGAAUGGACGGGAAAGAAGGAGGCAACAAAAAGGACCCUUGUUAUCACCCCUGUCUAUGUCAUCAAUGCACCAUCCUGGGCCAGUGGACCUCGAGGAAAAGGCAAAUGUCGCGGCAGAGGACUUGUCAAUGGUCAUUGGAAAGAGCGUUUUCAACGGCAAGACCUCAGCCUACUCGCCUCCACCAGUUGCCACCCAAAAGAAAAAGAGUGUCGGAGAGGAGCGGCGACCUCUGGCCGAGGUCAUAGGUCAUAGCUACAGGCAAGACUCCAAGUAUUCCAGCUCAGCAGAGAGUGACAGUGAGGAAGUAGAGGAUGAGGAGGAUGCUUACAAGAUCGCUAUGUCCAAAGCUCUUCAAGAUAAGAUGACUCAACGGCAAGAGGAGCAGAAGAAAGAGAUGGAGCAGAAGCGGGCAGAGAAGCAAGCGAUGAGAGAAAAGGCCGCCCAGGAGCGGGAAGAACGUCGCCGCGUCAUGGAGGAAGAACGAGAAGCAAAGCGCAAAGCUGCUGAGGAAGAGGGCAAGGCCAGGAGACGAGCGAUUGAGGCGGACAGGCAGGAAAGGAAGAGGGUUUUAGAGGAGAAAGAGAAGAAGAGGCAAGAGGCGGAGGAGAGGAGGGAAGCUCAACGGGUUGCCUUGGAGGAGGAGAGGAAGAAAGCUUUCCGGAAGGCCAAGGACGAGGAGAGGGAACUUCGAAAGGCUAAGGAUGAGGAGCGGGAGCUGGCUAGACAGAGGGCCAGUGAUCGGGAGAGAGAGAAGCUCAAACAGCUGGAGAUUGAUAAUAAUAACUCCAGUACAGAUGCAAUAGGUCUCCAGAUAUCUGGAUCCAAUCCGAGGAGCUCAGCAAUAUCGCCCACUGAUGAAGCUGAAGAUAUCGAUAUGGAAACUGGAGCCCCUCAAAGUCCCUCCAAGGUCAUAGGGAAACCACCAGUAGCUGGUAUCGCAGCCAAGAAGAAGAAAACCAAAUCACCCACACAGCCCCAAUCUCCCAAGCACCGCGCCCUUGGGCGGAGUAUCUCGGGUGGUCCUCCAUCGAGCGCCCUCAGCUCAACGCAUGAAUCGAAUCAAGGAGAUGCGUCUGAGAUGAAACCCUUCAACCACCCCGACAAGGCUCUUCAAGAUGCGUACAAGUACAUGGGGAACGAGGACUGGGAAACCAAGAUGGAGGGCUUGAAUCUCAUCCGAAGACUCGUUAAGUUUCAUCCCGAGGUCAUCACAGAUCAAACGCACACUGUGGUCGUUGCUGUGAUGAACGAAGUGAAGAACCUACGGUCCUCAGUGUCCAAGCUGGCCAUCAUGUGCAUGGCUGAAAUGUUCCAAGAGCUCAAAUCGGCUAUGGACAAGGACUUGGAUCAGAUCUGUAAGAUCCUGGUGCCCAAGGGAGGAGAGAGCAAUGCGUUCAUCCGGGAAGAUGUCGACAAAGCCCUGGAUUCCAUGGUUUCAAAUGUCAGUCCACAGAGGGCGGUCUGCUCACUCAUUAACGCGGGAUCAAGUCACAAGAGUCCGAAUGUCCGUAAGGCCACAGCAAUGCACCUUGACAGGCUAGUAGAGAAGAUGGGACCAGGGAGGGUUCUGAGUGGCGUGAAGGACAUCACAGAUAAGAUUCUACCCACAGCGGCUCGAUUAGCUGUGGACAAUGCACAGGAAACCAGGUUUUAUGCUCGCAAGAUGUUGUACUCAAUGAUGCAACACGAGUCCUUUGGUAAACUGAUUGAGAAAUAUGUACCAUCCAAAGACAUGAGGUCCAUCAAGGAAGUACUGGAGCAUCUCAGGCAGAAGGGUCCUGGUGGCUUACCGCAUGACUCAUCGUCAGCACGAGUGAGACGUAGUCAGUCCAACCCACGUGUCAACUCCUCCUCAAGGGAAAAGAUGGACUCAGCUGGCAGCAGUGAUCCUCCAACUCCACUGUCCAGUUCGAUGAAACGGACCAAUCGGAAUUCACGUAACAACGAGGGGGAUCAGGAGACAGUCAAGGACAUGUGCAAAUCACUCUCAGCUGCUGAUUGGACGGAGAGGUUACAGGGGAUCAACCAAUUACAGGAGAUGGCUGAAACCAACAAGGAACUGGUAGCAUCCAAUAUAGUCAAGAUAUUUGACAACUUCACACCACGGCUGACUGACUCCAACAGUAAAGUAAACCAAGCUGCACUGCAAACAAUGGUUGGUAUGGUACCCAGACUUGGGGAAUACCUAGCUGCUGUCGUAACAGGAGUGGUACCAGUAGUGUCUGGUAACUUAGCUUCAAAGAAUGCUGUUAUAUGCAAAACUAGUGAGGAAAUACUAGACAGCAUUAUAGCAAAUGUUGAUAAGAUUGUCUUAGUGCAGCCGUUCUCCUCUGCUACGCAGUAUGGAAAUGCCAGAGUCAAGCCCAAGAUGGUGGAGAAAUUAGCUUUCCUUUCAACUAAAGUUUAUCAACGCAAACAGCAGACAGUGGUUCGCAACGUCUUACCAGUCCUGUGGCACCUUCUUGGUAGCCUCACAGGGAGUGGGGCUGUCCCGGGAGGAACGCUGAACCUACGGGGCGCCGUCAAUACACUGGCGACUGAACUCCAUGGCCUGAUGGGUGACGCCUUACUCCAGCAUGCAAGUAGCCUACCACCGCGGCAACAUCACACACUGAUGGAGAUGAUUGGUGUAUGACACCAAAUAAAGAGUAGAUAAUUAUGUAAAGUAUUAACAAAAAAUGGACAAAUCAAACCAUUUAUAUAUGGAAAUAUAUUUAUAUAUUGCAAUACAUCUAUUGGAUUUAAUAUUUUCCUGUAUUGAAAUAUGGAAAGAAAAUUUGAGAGAAAGUGUGAGAAUUAAUGGUUGUGAUAGUCACCUUGAUCAAUUUGCACUCUGCACCUAGCCGA